CUUACAAAUACUCCCACAUGAUGUAUAUCGGCCUCUCUAUUUAGUACAUAUCAAAAGAUAACACUAUUAUUUCUGUCAAACGCAAAACUAUGGCAUGAUCCAUAUCCGCCUUCCAAGUCAUCAUAACUUGACCCAUUUUGGGUGUUCGUUUUCAAUUUUCAUUUGACAUUCCGCACGUAUGAAAAGCGUUACUUGAAUUCUGUAACCUUAUUAGAAAGUCGCACAGAAAUGGAUGAAGGCAGAAAGCAUCAAUCUUUCUCAUUUCAAUCGGAUAAUUUCUCGAUCCUAAUUUAUGCUCAGGUAAUUCCGUCUUUGUUUCUCUUAUCUGGAUCCUGGAUUUUGUUCCCUUUAUUAUCAUCCUUGGGUUCGCGUAAUGUUACUGUUUAUUUGCAUGAGUUCUGUUGGAGUUUGCACCAACAUUUUCGUGGGCGUGUUGUUCUCAUGCGGAUUCGUUUUCUGUGUUUUUAUUUGAUGAAUUCUGUGGUUUAUACUGAAGGGUUUCUUGAAUUUGGCUUUUGGUAGCAUUGAUUUUGGGAUUAGAGACCAAAUUGAUGAAAAUGUUGCAUACAUAUGCGUGCAACUUAUUCAAAUCUUCACCAUAUUGCUUGAGAGGAUGAUAAAGAAGAAACCUUUGAUAGAAAAGUAAUUGUUGUUCUGACUUCUCCGCUUGAUUUAGCUUCGUUGAAGUGGGAUCUUUGACCCUGUAAAGAUAGGUUCUUGGGGGUAGUUUCAGAUUUUCUUUUUGGUUGCUGAGUUUUCUUCUUCGGAAGAAGAGAGACGCAUAUUAGUCCUGAUAUGAUAUACAUUGUGCUUCUCUGUUUAGGAAAUGCCUGAGUGUGGAACUUCUAUGUCAUUUAGAAUGCAGAAUGUGAGCUUUAUCUUCUUACUGAUUCUGAGGAUUUGUUUGAAAUUAGGUCUAGAAAUGGAUAGGGACUUUGUAUGUCUUUGGCAUUAAAAAAUGGCUGGGUAAAUGCUGAUUUUGAUGUGGAGACGAUCAAAAGUUUUGGGCUUGCUUUAUCGAAACGUUGCCAGACUUUGAAUUGUUCGUUGUUUCUGAGUUCUGUGCAGCCCACUUGUACAGACCUGUCGAUGUUCAGUUUUUAAUUACUCUACUAUAGUAAACAAAGUAAGGACGUACAAAGUAGUUUUGAUGGCUAUAAAUCUAUGAUGUUUUUCAUGAUGUCAAAUAGCUGAAUGUGUUAUCAUUUUCGGGUUUGCACAGCAUGGUAUUCACUUCGUGACAGAUAUGUAUCUGAACAUAUUGGAAAAUUUGGUUAACUUCUUUAGAGUGUUUUCUCGAUUGAACGGUCACAAGAAUGUAAUUUCUAAUUUUCAUUUCCUGGUUACUACCUGGGUUUAUUGAAUGCAGUUCUAGACUAGCAUGGGCUGAUGUGCUGACUCGUUUUGGUCAUUUUAUACGGCAAGCACAAUGGAAAGUGGAAACUGCUAGGAUUUGUUUGAUUUCAUGAUGGCUAGCUUCUGACAGUACUUCCCAGAUUUUGUUUUCUUUUGCAUAUGACCUUCAUAUCUUUUCUUUACUGGAAUUAGCAGUAAAACUGAAAUAUCUGUGACAUCGGAGAAAAUGCCUACAGCCAAAAAAACUCGUGGCGGUAAAAACAUUCUUCCCUCUGAUAGGAUUAGUGAUCUUCCAAGCAGUAUAAUAGAAAAUAUCUUAAUGUUCUUGUCAACACGGGAUGCUGCUAAAACUAGUAUUUUGUCUAAGAAAUGGAGGUAUUGUUGGUGCAGAAUCCCACAACUUGUACUUGAUGAUACACUUUGGGAUGUAUCUGCAACAAAUCAAAAUUUACUUAGGAAAAAAUUGGUAGAAAUUCUAUAUCAGAUCCUGUCACUUCAUCAGGGGCCUAUAUUCAAGUUUGUUCUCUCCAUAAAUGACCUUGAAGGUUGUAAUGAAAUUGACAACUUGAUUGUGUUUCUUUCAAGGGGUGGGGUCAAGGAGUUUACCCUCAAACUCUGGCUUGGGGAACACUACAGAAUGCCUUCAUCAUUCUUCUCGUGUCAGGAGCUUAGGCAUUUGAAUCUAUGGUCAUGUCUAAUAACCCCUCCCCCUACUUUCAAAGGGUUCAGUCAACUGAUUAGCCUUAGGAUGCGUCAAGUAGAUAUCCCACCAAAAGUACUCGGAAAUUUGAUCUCCAGUUGCCCCCUGCUGGAGCAGUUGAAGCUGGAACUCUCUGAAAAUUUGAACUGUCUUGAGAUUGUUGCACCUAAACUGAAGUCAUUCAUCCUAAAGAGCCCAAUAAAAUGUGUCUUUUUUAAGAAUACUCCAGUGCUUGCGGUUGUUUCACUUGUUCUGCAAAAGAACGAAGAGGAGGAAAAUUUCCGGAAGGUAGUAAAAGGUAUGAAUGAUUAUUUUUGUUGCCUUCCUCGACUUGAGAAUCUACAUCUGGACUAUUACUUCAUCAAGUAUUUAUGUGCAGGUGGCAUCCCAGAAAGCCUCACUACUGCUUUGAUCCACCUUAAAGUUCUUAAACUAUCCUAUGUGUCCAUGGAUGUGUUUGAUGAGAUUUCCUUUGUUUUUUGCCUAAUGAGAAGCUCCCCCAACUUACAAGAGAUGGAAUUUUCAUUCUAUACUGUGGGAGAAGAUGAAGCAAGCGACAUGGAAGAGUUUGUGGAUGCGCAAGACUACUCAGACAUCAUCUUAAAUAUGCUUCAAGAAGUGAAGCUGCAGUAUAUAACUGGAACAAGGCCCGAGAUGCUGUUCAUAAAAUUUAUCCUGGAAAGCUCGCCAAUUUUAGAGAAAAUGGCAAUAGAGCCUGUGGCGGAUGAAACUUAUGACGACAAAUUCAUUGAGAAUGCAAUUUUAAAAGAAUUGACAAAAUUCCGACGAGCUUCACCUCGUGCACAAGUCAUUUAUGAAGAUCCGGUUGAAGAUUGAAUGACAAGCGUGGCAGAGAAAGAAAGAUAGAUAGGUUAAUGACUCUCAGGCCUAAUGCAAGUGCUAGCAGGCAAGUUAUGCAAUUUCCAGUUGAUUUACAUAUUCACAUUUUGGCAACUGCAUUAUUUAGACGUUUUCCAAAUUCAAAAGACCUAACUGAAGGAGUGAUUGGGACCUUUCCAAUUUCGUUUGCCUAUCAUUAUUUAAGACCUUUCUCUGGAAGAUUGCCAUACUUUAGGAGUUUUCAACCCUUAACUUGUAACCACUACUAACUGUUGCCGUUUGAGGUACACAUCAAUGAAGCAUGUGGCUGAAAAAUAUAUAACCAUCAGCAUGAUAAUAUAUCAUGCCACAAGGUACUAUUGUUUCAGUCGUGAUUAGUGCGCAUGUGGAGCAGUUCAUUUUUCAUGAUAUUGAUGUAUGAAAAAUGGAUGAAUGAGUGGAUACGUCUCAACGUCCACUCAGUGUUCUAAUUCAUCGCAUCAUUUUAAAAUUGAUCAAUUAUGUUCUAAGGUUAUCAAAAUUGAGCUUAUUAUCCCAUAAUCUGCAAAACAAC